ACAGACAAGUGUACAUAUGUAGCUCUAUAACAGCUGACUGUGGUUAAGUGCGCGCACACACACACACAUUCACAUUUGAGAGAAACAUCAGACAGACAUGAUACAGCAGUGAAUAAACUUCUGUCAGUGAGAAAGAAGAAGCCUCGGCCAGGAGGCUGCUUCAGCCAUGGCCGACCCUUCAACAUCCCCGCCUGAGGAUCUCAACAAACUCAGUUUCUGGAUGCCAGGAAAUUAUGAGCGAACAGUUCGGAGAACAUCAGAGUCGUACCAAGCAUGUAAGGACAUCAUAGCGUGUAUGAAGGACCGGGCUCAAGUGGAGCAACAGUACGCCCGACAACUGACCGAGUGGAGCAAGAAAUGGAAGUCGGUCACUGACAGCAGGCCGCUUUAUGGGUCGCUCAUGCGAGCGUGGCAGUGCUUUUUCUCAUCCACCGAGCGUCUGUCCACCCUCCACACAUCCAUCGCCCAGUCUCUGGUGAAAGACGAUGGAGAACGCAUUCGCUCUUGGCAGAAGGAGACAUUUCCACGAAAAAUGUUCUGUGGUUUCAAAGAGUCACAUGACCUUGGGACGGCUUUUUCACGUGCUCAGAAACCCUGGGUGAAAAGAUUAAAAAAGCUGGACAAGGCUCGUGCGGUUUAUAAUAAAGCAAGCCAGAGAGAACUACAAGCUCAAGAGAAAGAGAAUCAAGCCAAGCGCAAUGCCAAUCUUAGCGAAAGCAAACUGUCCAAGAUUCAGCAGAAGAAAGAGAAAGCAACGCAAGAACGCAACAAAGCACGUGACCGCUAUGAGAAAGUAUUGGAGGACGUUACUGGUUUUGCACCACGAUACAUGGAGGAAAUGGAGUCUGUGUUCGACCAAUCACAGGAGGAGGAGAGAAAGAGAAUCAGCUUCCUAAAACAAACCUUCCUGUCCAUACACAGACACCUCGAUAUCACAAACAACGAGAGUAUAAAAACUGUUUAUGGUGAACUCCAUCACACGCUCAUGUCCAUCAGUGAGCAAGAUGACCUGCGCUGGUGGAAAAACAACCAGGGGCCGGGAAUGCCCACCGACUGGCCUAAACUAGAGGAAUGGAUUCCUCCAGUUAAAAAGCAGAAGCCAAAGAAAAAAGACAAACCACAGAGAGCAACAGAUGAUAAGGCGGUCAUGAUCGGAGGCGUGCGUGUCCGAGCGCUGUAUAAUUACGUUGGAGCAGAAGAGGAUGAAUUGUCCUUCAGAGCAGGUGAAGAAUUUCUAAAGGUUGAGGAUGAAGAUGAUCAGGGUUGGUGCUGGGGGGUGAAGGAGGGCGGUGUUGAAGGAUAUUAUCCAGCCAAUUAUGUGCUGCCUGUGCAGUGAUGAUGCACAACAGAGUGAUUAUUUACUGAUAUUAUAUACAGUGCCACUAAAAAAUAUUUAGACAUUUAAGUCACAUUUAACCCCUUAACUGGCACCCAUCUCCUUUUAUGAGUGAGGGGGAGUGAUGUUCACAUUUAAAUCUGUAUAACGCUGGGAUUAUUAAGUCUAGAAGCCUUUUGGUCUCUUUUUAAAGAAGACAUUUGAAAGUUUUUCACUUAAGUGUCUAAAGUUGUUAAUAUUAAUUUUUAAAUAUUAGAUAUAGCAGUUUAAGUUUAUUUUAAUAAACCAAAAAAUGUUAAAACUAAAUAAAGCCAUAAGUCACCUAGUUUUAUCAAAAUUUCAAGUUAAAAGUUUUUGUGACAAGUUUUUGGUAGAUUUACCAACAACGGCCACUAGGUGCCAUUAGUUUGUUGUUACUCUUGUCACAAAUUUAUACAUUAAUGUCAAUGCAUAAUAAUUUGUGCAAAAAGGUUUUGAAAUAUGAAAACUGCAUUCUUAGAGAUUUCUGAUGAUAUAUAGUUUUUUUUCAAAAUUAUUUUAGUUUUAGAAUAGGCUAUCGGUAAUAGUUAAGUUAACAAUUUGGGCUCACCUUAAAAUAAUAAAGCAAAUAAAUGAGCUUUGGUCAGAAAGCUUUGUAUAUUUCUUUGCUAUUUUUGCAAUAAAUUGCAAGGGGAUUUUUGUAGAGGACAGACAAAAAUAGUAUAGAUAAGAUAUAUAGGAUAGUUUUAAAAGGAAGACAGAUCAAGUGUAAUUCACUACGUAAACUAUUGAUGUGUUUUGCUAACAUUUGACAAACAGAGGAAUACAUUUUUUGUCAUUUUUGUUUAUAACCUAACAAACUUUAUUUAGUAAAAUAUUCUUCUUGAAAAGUGUGCAUGUGCUUACUUUUAAAAAAAUGUCAUUUAUUUUGAUAUUUUGUUAUCUAAUGCAAUACAUUUAUGUGUGACUUAAGUGUCCAAAUAUUUCUGAGGUCGUGCUCCUCUGAAACAAACUAUAACCAGUGUCAGCAGACCAAAACACAAUAAAAUAUCAUUUCUCUUUAA